UGGAAAGCACGCUGUGAGCUUAUGAUUUCUAAUCAGGAUCCAAGCUCGUCAUGGAAGCGCAGUUUACCCCACUUCAUCGCAGUACAAAUCUCACUGAGACCCUGAGGAUUGUUAACAACUGCAUCAAACCUAUCAACAUCGUAACCUGCCAUCAUGUCGCAAGAAUCAGACAUCGUCCUCUACACAACACAGACACCUAACGGCAUCAAAAUUUCGAUCACACUAGAAGAGCUUGGUCUACCCUACAAGGUCGAGAAGGUUGACAUCCAGAAAAACAUCCAGAAGGAGGACUGGUUUUUAUCUAUAAAUCCUAAUGGCCGUAUUCCAGCAUUGACCGACAAGUUCAGUGAUGGCCAGACAAUCAACUUGUUCGAAUCUGGAAGCAUCAUGCUGUACCUGGUUGAGCGCUAUGACACCGAGUACAAGAUUUCCCAUCCGAAGGGUAGCCGAGAGUGGUAUGAGAUGAACAACUGGCUAUUUUUCCAGAAUGCGGGUGUGGGACCUAUGCAGGGUCAAGCCAACCAUUUCAGCCGCUAUGCUCCCGAGCAUAUCGAGUAUGGAGUCAAUCGAUACGUGAAUGAGACGCGCCGCUUAUACUCUGUGCUCGACAAGCACCUUGCAUCCGACAAGCGACCAUACCUCACGGGCAACAAGUGCACUAUCGCUGGUAGGUUUCUUUAUCCUUGUCUAUCCAUGACUCCUUUGCACAACUCUACAUCCACCAGGUCCUACUACUGCUUCGCCACAUCUUCGCGUUCAUUCAUACUAAUAGCCAGCAAGAUAUUGCCCAUUGGGGUUGGGUCGCAGCGGCGGGCUGGGCGGGUGUUGAGAUCGAUAACUUUCCCAACCUCAAAGCAUGGGAGGAGCGCAUGGCCGAGCGAUCCGGCGUCGAGAAGGGGCGCCAUGUACCCGAUCCGCACAAGAUCAAAGAGCUGCUUAAGGACAAGGCCAAGAUGGAAAAGCAGGCCGCAGAGGCUCGCGAGUGGGUGCAGGCUGGCAUGAAGGCUGAUGCCGAGAAGUCCGGCAA